CCGCGGACGCGGACGGGCGGCGAGGUCUCCUGCUGAGCAUUCAGAAGAGUAGGGACACUGGGAGAAUGUCUGCGUUUCCGUGCGUGCCCUCAAGAGUUCACAGAUUGGUCUUUAAAAAACAAAACAGGCUCAGCCGGGCAGUGGAGGCUAACUCCUUUAAUCCCAGCACUCGGGAGUCAGAGGCAGGACAGCCUAGGCUACACAUCGAAACCCUGUCUUGCAAAAACAAAAACAAACAAACAAACAAAAAGAGGCUCAGAGGAAAAUGUCUAACCCUGGUCUCCAGUGCCUGGUAUCUGGAACCACAGCACACAUCCUAGUUACCCCUGAGUAGCUGGUUUUCAAAUGGCAUGCAUAAAUGGGAUAAGGUUCCCCCCAAACUUUGUCAGCCAAGUUAACCACAUUGGCUUACCGUAUCUCUGUCCCUGUGUGACACAUAUACACGCAUGCACUUCUGGAAGCCAGUCCUGCCAUUUGAGUCCUCCCAGAAAAUGGAGCUCACAUCUGUGUACACUGCAGAGUUGGAGGGGUAAGAGAAGUGAUCCAGAAGAGGUUUGGGUGGGACAUGGUGGGAUUAUUGAAGCAAUACCACUGGUAUGCCUGGAGAGACCAGAAAGGCUUAAGUAGAAAAGAUCUCCAGGGUUUUUAUUCUGUCUAGUGCCUCCCUUUUGGGAGCAGUUUGGAGACCACGACUAGUGAGCUCUGCAUAAACCAGCUCAAGUACAUGGUUCCAGUAUGAGAUGCAGCAAGCAAAACAAGCCUGCCGUUUUCCAUCCGGGGCAACCAGGAAAACUGCCUUCAGAAGAAGUGACAGACGGAUUAGAGUUUGUCAGAAAUGCAGAAAAAGGAGGGGAGAAGUUCAAGCAGGGAAAGUGUGUGUGUGUGUGUGUUCAUAUCAUGUAGCGUGUUAGUCCCAAACUUGUACAUCUUUUCUAGUUUAUUCAAGAAUUAAUGAUACAUACUAUUUGGUUUCAGUGCAUAGUACAGAGCAUAUGAAAUAGAAGUUAAGUAAUUUUGUGUUUUCUUUAACGCUCUAUUUUCUUGCAUACCCUGCAUUGGAGGCCGUUGCUAUUCUUUUAAUUUGGGUACUUGGGAGACCCGUUGGCGGUGUGUGUGAAAAGCUGUCAAGGCCAGGCAUGGACAGUUAAUUUUACCCUGGAGCCACUGUAACACUUCUGCUCUUCCUUUGUUGAUUCUGAAAAACAGCUCCUGCCAUUUGAAGCAGAGACUCAUUUUCAGUGUACCUGCUGUAGGUGGAACCAGCUUCUCUUUGGGAUCACAAUGACCAUGGAAGGCAGGGGAACAUUAGGUCUCAUCCCCAGGACGUCUGUGCGUCAGCAGCAGGAGGGGAGGUUGACUGUAAAGCAGGAACCAGGAAGCCAGACCUGGGGACAGAGCUGCAGUCUCCAGAAGAACUACCCCCCUGUCUGUGAAAUCUUCCGGCUGCACUUCAGGCAGUUGUGUUACCAUGAGACGUCUGGGCCUCAGGAGGCACUGAGCCGGCUCAGGGAGCUCUGCCACUGGUGGCUGAUGCCAGAGGUCCACACCAAGGAGCAGAUCCUGGAGCUGCUGGUGCUGGAGCAGUUCCUGAGCAUCCUGCCCAGGGAGCUCCAGACCUGGGUGCAGCUUCGUCGUCCUGAAACUGGCGAGGAGGCUGUGGCUGUGGUGGAGGAUUUCCAGAGACACCUUAGUGGGUCAGGGGAGGUUUUGUCUCCAGUACAAGAGCAGGAUGUGCAUUUAAAGAAGAUGAUAUCUCUGGGUGGAAUAGAACAAUCUCCUACCUCAGCCUCCAGUCAAGGCUCAGCUCCUGAAGCCCACCUGGACCCUCACAGACACUGUGGUCCUGCUUGUCUUGAAGUUGGGAGUGCCAGAGCCCAGGCUACUGUGGGGAACUCCACAGCAGCUGCUGAGCUUAGGAUAGUCAGGCCUCGGGAGAUCACAGUGAAUAAGGACUCUAUGCAGAAAAGGUGGAAAAGCCUGGCACUCAGUCAGAACGCCCUGAACCAGAACCUGAUGGAGGAAAAUGAGCACAGCGUGGCCUCUCUGGCAACAGGUAAGAACAGGAUGGAAAGUUCUGAGUUCACUCCAAAGCACGACGUUUCUGAAGGAUCCAAUUCAUUUGACAUAUCCUCAGCGGGACUCUUUGGAAUGGAGUCUGGAGAUAUCUGUGGAGAUCCUGUAGCACAGGCGGAAGGGCAGCCCUCAGAUGAUGAAGGGAGUGAACGAGAAAGUGAUUUCUUGGAAAAGAAAGAUAAGAAAAAUUCCACAAAAGACAAAAAUGAGGAGUGUAAAGAUGGAGGGGAACAUCCAGAUCUUCCCUCUAGUUCUGCUGAGCAUCAGCGAGAAGCAAAGAGACAGAAGCUCUAUCAGUGUGAUGAGUGUGACAGAGUUUGUAACCGGAGCUCACACCUCCUUGGACACCAGAGAACCCAGACUGGAGAGAAACCCUGUGAGUGUAAUGAGUGUGGGAAAACCUUCCGACAGACAUCUCAGCUAACUGUUCACCUCAGAACACACGCGGCAGGGAGGCCUUCUGAAUGUAGUGAGUGCGGGAAGACGUACCAGCUCUGUUCCCAUCUUAGUCAGCACCAGAGCCUCCACGAUGGGGAGAAACCGUCUAAAUGCCAUGAGUAUGCCAAAGCCUUCCCUCAGAGUUCCCAGCUCCUGGACCACCGGAGAACCCACAUCGGGGAGAAGCCUCAUGAGUGCAGUGAGUGUGGGAAAACCUUCUGCUCCAACAGAAAUCUUAUUGAUCACCGGAGAACCCACACCGGGGAGAAGCCUCAUGAGUGCAGUGAGUGUGGGAAAACCUUCUGCUCCAACAGAAAUCUUAUUGAUCACCGGAGAACCCACACUGGGGAGAAGCCUUAUGAGUGCAGUGAGUGUGGCAAGGCCUUUAGUCGGAGUAAGUGUCUUAUUCGACAUCAGAGUCUCCAUAGUGGGGAGAAACCAUACAAAUGUAGUGACUGUGGGAAAGCCUUCAACCAGAACUCUCAGCUCAUUGACCAUGAACGGAUUCAUACUGGGGAGAAGCCUUUUGAAUGUAGUGAGUGUGGCAAGAAAUUCAGUUUAAGUAAAUGCCUUAUUCGGCACCAGAGACUUCACACUGGAGAAAAGCCCUAUAAAUGCCGCGAGUGUGGGAAAUCUUUCAAUCAGAACUCCCACCUCAUCAUCCACCAGAGGAUCCACACUGGUGAGAAGCCGUACACGUGUAAUGAGUGCGGGAAGGUCUUCAGCUACAGCUCCAGCCUCAUGGUUCACCAGAGAACCCACACUGGUGAGAAGCCGUACAAAUGUAAAGACUGCGUGAAAGCAUUCAGUGACAGCUCACAGCUGAUUGUGCACCAGAGAGUGCACACUGGCGAGAAGCCUUACGAGUGUGUCGAGUGUGGGAAAGCCUUCAGUCAGCGCUCCACAUUUAACCACCAUCAGCGGACGCACAGUGACAGACAACGCGGAGUUCUGAGUCAGCUUUGUUUGUAAGGAGGGUGUUUACCACACUCCCUUGGAAGCGUUAUUCAAGUGAGCGUUGCUUAGUGCUCUUUCCAUUUGGCCACCAAGGUAGGGGAGCAGUAAUAACUUAGUGCAGUCUUUUCUCCUCACUGUUGGAAAAGUAAGAACCACGUGUCCCGUUUACUUCUGGCUUUUUGUUUUUUUAAACUGUUUUAAAAUAUACCUCAUUUUUUUAGUUUUGCA